AUGUUUAUAUGGUUGUGGCAGUUACCAGUGAGAGGUUUAACAUAUGCCUCCGCGGGGCAGAUAUUCUUUUCAAUUGUCAAUGUAUCACCGACUGCAUGUCGUCUUCAACGGUAUACUUAUGCAUUCAGUGCAACAAUGAUGUGUAAUAUGCAUAUAUGUGCUUCAUUGGAUCGAUGUCUUGUUAUAUACAUUCCAACUAGAAUGAAGCACUUUUCCAAUGUUUUCGGAUGGUAUAUUUAUAUUGGGAUUUUCUUGUUGAGUGCAAUCAUGAUGCUACCGUUUGUUAUUAAGGUGGACUGGCGAUUAGCAGAUCAGCGUAUUCUCUGUUGGGUUGAUCGAAAAGAUGUAUUUGCGCAAACCUAUCAUACAAUGUUUUCCAAUUUAGCCCCAGUACAAACACUCGUCUUGUUAACAAUUGAUUUAGUCUUUCUGUUGAAGAUACGUAAACAGUUGAAUAAAUAUUCGCUGACAAAAUUGACAACAACAGACAGAGAUCAUUUACGACGUUCCCUGCUACUCUUCAUAUCAUCCGUCUCUUUCAUUAUUAUAUCAAUAUGUCAAAGUGUUUUCUACAUGAUAGCAAGAUUCAGCUCAACUGGACUUAUCUCCUAUCAAACUGGUGUUGAUUAUGAUAUCGGUGAUUUUUUCUGGUAUCUCAAUUCUGUGCGUGAACUAUUAGACAUCUACAUUUACUUUAAAUGCUUCAAAUCGCUUCGAGAUUGUUUGAAACGCGUUUCACACAGCUUACCGAAAAUCUCAUCAAAAGCGAAACUGUCCAGCUCCACAUGAUCAUGAUCAUGAUGAAUACACAUGAGUUUGGAUUUCGUUGAGCUGAGCGUUUCUACACCGAAAGAACGAAUACUUUAUUGAUAACACUCAAGCCGUCAUUGAAUGUUCG